AUGGAAAAAAGGAAAAAAGAAAAUAAUAAUGAUCAAAAAAAAAAGUCUUUAGAGGAAUUUGAAUGGCAAACAAAUAAUAUUAAUAAACGCUUAAAGGAAUCAGCUAAAGAGAGAAAAAAACGAAUUAAACGACUUUCAAAUGCACUUAGUAUUGUUCUCGAAUGUCUUGGUGAAGAUUUAGCACGAGAAGGCUUAAAAAAAACACCAGAAAGAUAUGCAAAAGCAAUGCUUUUUUUUACAAAAGGUUAUGAAGAUAAUAUAUCGGAUAUUAUAAAUGGAGCAAUUUUUACAGAAGAUCAUAAUGAAAUGGUAAUUAUUCGAGAUAUUGAUAUGUUUUCUUUGUGUGAACAUCAUCUUGUACCGUUUACGGGAAAAGUUUCAGUUGGAUAUAUUCCCAAUAAAAAAGUGAUUGGUCUUUCUAAAAUUGCACGUGUUGUAGAAAUGUUUUCUCGUCGAUUACAAUUGCAAGAAAGACUUACAAAGCAAAUUGCAGUUACUCUUUGGAAAAUGCUAAAACCACGAGGUCUUGGCAUAAUUAUUGAGGCAAGUCAUUUAUGUAUGAUUAUGAGAGGUGUUCAAAAACCAGGAAGUGUUACUAUUACAAGUCAUAUGCUUGGUACAUUUAGAGAAGCAUCUAAAACAAGAAAAGAAUUCCUAACAUUAAUUUCCAAAAAAUAA